AUGGAGCCUCUCCCUUCUCAUCGCCAACUGGUAACAACUCUCAUAACAUCUAUAUCCGAUAUCGCACCGUCAAAAAGCGUCGGUGAAACGACAUCAUCAGAGCCGCCCCCGCCUGCUCAGCCGCCAUCCACAUCACCCCUCCAGGCCAUCCCAUCCUCGCAACGCCCUCUCCUUCUCACGCUACAUGUUCUCUUCCCAAAUCUCCUCUUACCAGCUCUAGAUCUCCUUGAUAGGGGACUUGUCACUCGACUAGUACGGAAGUACUCUGCCGCACAAGACGAACAGCCGGGCGGGGAUGGAGAACCGGUAUCUGGAGACUUGAACGCUUCAAGUAAACCAAACGACGACAUCUUUAUCGUGCGCUCCCUCGCUUCAACGCUCACCCGCCGCACUCGCGACUUCACUCUCUCUUCAAAACGAUAUGUUGUUCAUCUCAAUGCGUGGAACUGUUCCUGCGCAAGCUUCACCUUUGAUGCUUUCCCUAGUCAUCCAGCACCAGCAACAGAACAGAUGGAAUGUCUAAACCCAUCCGGCGAUGUACCACCUUGCUGCAAGCAUCUACUCGCUUGCUUACUUGUAGACAAAUGGCCGGCAAUACUAGGCCAAUAUGUUGAGGAGAGAGAGAUAUCGAGGGAAGAAAUGGCAGGCAUAGUUGCAGACUUGUGA